AUGCCCACGCCGCUGCAGCCCGGCGGCCCCGCUAGCGGCCCGCCUCCGGAGCGCAAGCGGCGCCGCAAGCGCGACGAUCCGCAGAGUUCAGCUGCGCUCGAACCUGACGACGACGACGGCGACAUGAGCCCCGAGGAAGAGCCGCGCAACGCGCCUGCGGCACCAGCGGCGCCAACUCCCGCACCAUCCUCAGCGCCGGCGCCUACCUCGCCUCCUGCCGCGCCUGAUGCUGUUGAUCUAACUUCGCAUCGUGAUUCUCCGCCACUAUCUUCUGACGUUGAACGAUUCGACGGCAAAAUCGUCUACAACCCUGAUGGUUCAGCCUACAUAAUCGAGGACCCAGAAUUGUCAGAAGGCGAAACAAGCAUACCCGACUUGUCGAAAAUAGACCCCGGGUGCAUCGUUGACAGCCGUGACAACAACGUGGGUGAGAGACAGCUAGAGUUCCCACAGAUAGCGAGCGCAUUCUACGUUUCCAGAAACCCUUCGUUGUACGGUGCCCUGUACGGCAGACUGGCAGCUGAGCGGGUGCGAUCGAGACCUGAUGCGCCUGUUAUGCAUAGUUAUCGAGUUUUUAGUUUUCGUGGAGGCAAGGAUGGACUUAGACCGCCGUCUCCACCUGCUGAGUGCCCCAUCAGUGUACCAGUCAAACCGAUUCUUAUGUGUUUUAUAUGUAAAUUGAGUUUUGGUUAUGCGAAAUCAUUUGUUGCGCAUGCCCAAUCGGAUCAUAGUUUAUCGUUACUAGACUCCGAAAGAGACGCUUUAUCGAGAGAGAAUGCUUCAGCAAUCAUUCAAUGCGUCGGUAAAGAUAAAGAACCACUAGUCUCAUUUUUGGAACCUGUAGGUGCUGCAGCUCCUCAGAGAGUACCAUCUUCAGGAAGCCCAGCUAAUAUGACAGAAUUACCGAGCCCUUCGGUAGAUAAAAGACAAGACUUUAUGACUUCUGAUAGAGAAAACGAGUCAAUAAUGCUCAACGGCACCUGUGACGAGAGGAAACCCAGUCCAAAUGCAUGGCGACCUCCACGAUCAAUAGCUGAGUCACUAAUGCCGCAACAUUCUUUGAUAUCUGUCGCUCAUCCUCACACAAUAAAUGCGUCAGUACAACCUAGAGCAAGUCCUAACUCCUCCCCACCGUUUCAAGCUACACCACCUGCCUUUCUGUCAGGUACUACAAUAGGUGUUUGUCCUGAUCAUCUAGGAGGAAGACCUUCCGGUGCUGAUUGCCCAAAAUGUGAACUUAUAUUAAACUCAGGAAGAUUAGGCGGCCCACUAGCUGGCAUGCAUAGCCGAAAUUCCUGCAAAACUUUGAAAUGUCCUAAAUGCAAUUGGCAUUACAAAUACCAAGAAACUUUAGAAAUACAUAUGAAAGAGAAACACCCAGAAGCUGAGACGAGCUGCAUUUAUUGCAUAGCUGGCCAACCGCAUCCUCGACUAGCAAGAGGUGAAACCUAUACCUGUGGAUAUAAGCCCUACAGAUGCGAAGUGUGCAAUUACUCAACGACGACUAAGGGCAAUCUUAGUAUACAUAUGCAAUCUGACAAACAUUUAAAUAAUAUGCAAGAGCUUCAGAAUGGCGGUAACCCUGGUGAAGGAAGUUUACCUCCUGCACCACAGCACACACCUCCAGGCCCACACAAGCCGCCACUCCCCCACCAUUCCCCCUUAGGUCAAAAACCAAAGCCUACUUUUCGCUGUGAUGUUUGUAAUUAUGAGACAAAUGUUGCACGUAACUUAAGAAUACAUAUGACAUCUGAAAAACAUACACACAAUAUGCUUGUCUUACAACAAAACGUAAAGCAUAUGCAAACGUUGUCAGCUUUACAUCACCGACAGCAAAGUCACCAGCAACUAGAGAGUUUGCUACACUUCCACGGAGGUGAUGCACCACCACCCAAUCCAGAAGCUGCCUUAGCUGAUAUGGCUUACAACCAAGCACUGAUGAUUCAACUGAUGACUGGAGGUCCUGGCCCUUCACCGCCUGAGCUAGGCGCCCAUUUGGACGUUGGCUUAAAUCCCGAAGCAAUGGAGCCUCCACCAGAACCAGCAGAUCCUGAACCAGAAAGAACGUUCCACUGUUGUAUCUGCAACUGCUUCUCAACCGACUCCCUAGAAGCGCUCGGUCACCAUCUAGCUCAAGACCGCACAAAAAUCAGAGAGCAAGAAAUACUAGCGUUGGUUGCUGGUCAUUACGUUUGCAAGCUUUGUACCUAUAAGACAAAUCUGAAAGCAAACUUCCAGCUUCACUGUAAAACUGAUAAGCACCUACAAAGGCUGCAGCAUGUGAAUCAUGUUAAGGAAGGUGGACCUAGAAAUGAAUGGAAGUUAAAAUUCUGUGGUGGUGUUGGUACAGGAGGUGCAAGUGUUGGUGGAGUUCAAGUACGAUGUUGCGCUUGUGAUUACUACACGAAUUCAGCUCAUAAACUGCAGCUUCAUGCAGCUGGGGCGAGGCAUGAAGCUGCUGCACUGCUACUAAGACAUCUCCGUGAGUGUGCAUCGCGGAUACCUCGCGAACGACCCCGGGUGUACCGUUGCGCCCUUUGUGGGUUUGGAGCCCCUCACCGCUUGCCACUGCUGCAACACGUUCGCUCCGUGAAACAUUUGCAAAUGGAACAAAUCCAUCAACUACAAAGGCGUUCAGAAGGCAAAGACCCUACACCUGAUGUGGCUGAGCUAUUCCAAGUGAUACCCCAACCGACUGAGCUUCCCAGUCCAUAUGAUCAGCAGGAAAACGAAAAUAAGGAGCCGAUUGAUCAGAAGCCUGAGUUAACACAAGAGCAAAAGAUGAUGAGGUUUUUGGAACAACAUCAGCAGCAACAGCAGCAACAACAACAAGUUCAACAACAAUCUCCACAAGUCUCCGUUGAACGAGAGGAAGAGCGCGAAACGCCAGGACCGCACUCGUGCCCCUACUGCAACUUCAGUUGUACAAGUGAAACGCGCCUACACGCUCAUGUCACUUCUGUACAUAGUGAUAGCGCUCGCCAAUUUAUUUGUCCACUUUGCCAAGACGGUUUCAAAGAACGUUCAGCGCUCGAGCGACAUGUAAUGCAAAUUCACUCAGUUAAUUCAGAAGGAUUGCAGAGAUUAUUGUUGCUCGUUGACCAAAGCCAUUGGUUAAAUGGUGGAACCCAAUCUCAAAGGGACGAAUCUCGACAAGGAGAUGAUGAAAGAGAGAUAUCAUCACCGCGAUCGGAAGGUAGUACUGAUGGUGAAAUGGAAAGAUGCUUAACAUGCAAUCGAACUUUCCGUAAUGUUGACGAACUGUGCCAACAUCAAAAUGAAACUGGACAUCUUGAAUUAAAACAAACACCUCAAGGACCAGGAUAUGUGUGCUGGAAGAAAGGAUGCAAUCGCUACUUUGAUGCUGCUCAUGCACUACAAAACCACUUUAGAGAAGCACACGCUCGCAAUUCUAUCGCUAACAUGUCGGUAUCUGAGAAACAUGUUUACAAAUAUCGUUGUAAUCAAUGCAGCUUAGCAUUUAAAACGGUUGAGAAGUUACAACUUCAUUCACAGUAUCAUGUUAUUAGAGACGCCACGAAAUGUGUGCUUUGUGGAAGGAGUUUCAGAUCAGUGCUGGCUUUACAAAAGCAUGUUGAAACUUCUCACUCUGAAUUAUCUGAAGAGGAGCUCUCUGCUUUGAAACGAAGCUUGGCAUCGAACCCUUUGUUACAAGCUGGACAAGGAACGGCAUUAGAUGCUGCUACUGCUGAACUUUUAAGGAAAGAAACAUUAAGAACGCCCGAGGAUGAAAUUGGUGAUUUAGAAGAUCGAGAUUCUAGUGCUACUGUCGCUGAUGAGUCGGGACACAAUGACGCUGAAAAUUCUGAUGAUUCUAUAAUCUAUAAAGAUCAACAAUUUUUGGAAGACUAUUUGAACUCUCAAGCUAUGGCAGAAGACUCCUACAAUGACCCGAACAGAAAAUACAAAUGUCAUAGAUGUAAAGUAGCCUUCACUCGUCAAUCUUACUUGACAGCACAUAAUAAGACACUGUUACAUAGAAAAGGGGAAAAACUAACCUACCCAAUGGAAAAAUAUCUUGACCCUAAUAGACCGUUCAAAUGUGACGUAUGUAAAGAAUCGUUUACGCAAAAGAAUAUCUUAUUAGUUCACUAUAACAGCGUAAGUCAUUUGCACAAGUUGAAGAGAGCAAUGCAAGAACAACAAAACAACAACAAUCCACCUGUGUCACCGGGCGCAGGUUCCGCACCAUCUAAUUUAACCCUCACUCCUAAGAGUACAUCCAGUGAGGAGGACGAUCGAAAACGCUACAAAUGUAAUAUUUGCAAAGUUGCAUAUACACAAGGCAGCACACUCGACAUUCACAUGAGAUCAGUAUUGCAUCAAACUCGCGCCGGAAAAUUACAAGAAUUAGCCGCCGCUGGACAUGUGGACUUGACAAGGCCGUUGGUUGAGCAGCCGGAUAGAAACGAUCCCGCGAAAAUUUUACAAGACGUGUUGUCGCCGAAAAAUACAUCCCCUUCGUCAACAAGCAGUGGGGGACCGCGUUCCUCGCCCCCCGCGCGCCCAGGUAGCCCGCGAUCCCCACGUGCAGGUAACACUGCGUGCGAGCGUUGUCACGUGGCAUUCCCUACCGGGGAGUUACUCGACGCACAUCGAGCGACGUCAUGUCCAUUUGGCGAUGCGCGGGCGCACUCUCCGCUCGGUGAAGCUGAAACAGCUGCUUUUGACGAAAUGGUCGCCAAGGGCAACCCGCCCAAACGCAACUCACAAAUGUAUAAACAAUUACUUGAAACAUUCGGCUUCGAUCUCGUUAUGCAGUACAAUGAAAAUCAGAGAAGAAAAAUGCAGGAAGAGCGGGAAAUGGUGCGUAUGCCAAGUCCACCACCACCACCCCCGGAAGAAAAGCCGCCGGAUGGUGAAACUAAAUCGACGUGUCAGCAUUGUAAUAAAGAGUUUUCUAGUGUGUUUGUUUUGAAGACGCAUUGUGAAGAAGUGCACAAGGACAAAGUACCGCUCGAGUUUUUGGAACAGUUUGCGGAACACUUCAAAUCGGAGUAUGAGAGGAAGUCAGGCGCACCGAACUCCCCUCGUGCCGCCUCGCCUGUGCCACAAGGUGACAGGUCUCCUUCUCCCCGUGGUGAGAAUAAUGCAAGCUUUAACGAAAAUGGAAGUACGUCUGGUGAUGCUCAAGCCGGUGCUUUACUGGCUGCACAAGUACAAGAGAUGCAAGCAGCAUUAAACAUGAUCCAACUACAGCAGCAACUAGGACAGUUGCAUCCUAUGGUAGCACAGAUGUUGUCACUUGGUCUACCGCUUGGGCUAAAUGUGGGUGCGCUGGCCGCGAUGAACCUGCAACCACCCCUAGUUCCAUUGAUGCUACCACCUCCGCCCUUUGAUGCUAUGCCCUUCACGCAUGAUGCUCAACUUAAACAACAGCAACUUCUGCAGCAACAACAACAGGCUAAUGCUGCCGCGGGUCAAAAAAGAGCUCGCACGCGAAUCACUGAUGAACAACUUAAGAUUUUGCGAGCGCAUUUUGAUAUCAACAACUCACCAAGCGAUGAAGCCAUUGCAAAAAUGGCGCAGCAGUCUGGACUAGCUACAAAGGUAAUCAAACACUGGUUCAGAAACACACUCUUCAAGGAACGGCAGCGUAAUAAAGACUCGCCUUACAACUUUAACAACCCGCCUUCCACAACACUAAAUCUAGAAGAGUACGAAAAGACUGGCGAAGCCAAGGUUACACCUUUAGAUUCUUCUGCAAGCUCUGAUGAAGGUAAACCACCUCCUGAAAAGAAAGCUAAAAUUGAAGACAACAGUAUUAUAAUGCAACAAGAAGUGAAGUCAGAACCUCAUGAUGAACCUACUAUAGAGGAAAAGUACAACUCUUAUGAUGAUCGCCACCAAGAAGACAAAAGUUUUAUUUUUCCUCAUGUACCAUCUCAAAGCCCUGCUCCAAUAGGCCAAAUUAAUGAACAUCAACAAAACAAGUCGCGACCGCAGACACCGACACAUAUGUCGUUAAAUUCACUUAUUCAAUCUCAAUUAGAUUCAAUUCCGGCAACAACUAUACCGCAGCCACCUCAUCCAUCGAUGCUUCCACCUAAACUAAAUCCGAAUUUCACGUCCCCAAACUCCGCGCCCCCGAACGUCCUACCUUUGACCCCAAAUCGCAGCCUCAGUCCUGGCAGGGGACCGGCCGAUUUCGGACUUUCCGGGGGCAAUUCGAACGGAUCCAACAGCUCGGGGUCUUCUGGCAAACGCGCCAACAGAACUAGAUUCACUGACUAUCAAAUUAAAGUAUUACAAGAGUUUUUUGAGAAUAACGCAUAUCCCAAAGAUGACGAUCUCGAAUAUUUAUCAAAGUUACUGGGAUUGAGUCCUAGAGUAAUAGUUGUAUGGUUUCAAAAUGCGCGACAAAAAGCAAGAAAGGUGUACGAAAACCAACCAGCUGCUGAUCCACCAGCAACCGCUACAGAUGAUGCAAAUAGAUUUCAACGCACUCCAGGACUUAAUUACCAAUGUAAAAAGUGCCAAUUAGUAUUCCAGAGAUAUUAUGAACUUAUACGACAUCAAAAAACACACUGUUUUAAAGAAGAAGAUGCGAAGCGGUCAGCACAGGCACAAGCGGCUGCAGCGCAAGUAGCUGCUACAUUAAGUAGUGAAGAUUCAAACUCGAGCAAUGUAGAACAUCAUACACCUCACGUACCAGUUUCUCCAGCACCACCUCGUACUCCAACGCCAGCUGCGCCUACCUACCCAGCUUCACCGGCACCUCCAGCACCUAUAACACCAGUAACACCUCUUUCGCAUGCUCCCCGUGAAGAAAAAGAUGGAAAUUUUCAAUGUGAUAAAUGUAACCUAGUCUUCCCUCGAUUUGAAUUGUGGCGGGAACAUCAACUUGUUCACAUCAUGAACCCUAAUUUAUUUCCCACUUAUCCACCGGAUUCCCCUUUUGGGAUCUUGCAGCAACAUGCUCAACUACAACAGCUGAACGCUAGCCUCGGCGGAGAUGAAGCUCGCCACCCUUUAGUUGCUGCAUUAAACCAACAAGUGGUAAAGAGGAAAUUUGAUGAAUAUGAAGAAAUUGAUACUGGGGAACAACCAAAAGACAAAAGGUUGCGGACUACUAUCUUACCAGAACAACUGGAUUACCUCUACCAAAAGUACCAAAUUGAAUCAAAUCCGUCACGAAAAAUGCUUGAAAACAUUGCACGCGAAGUAGGUUUAAAGAAACGAGUGGUACAGGUUUGGUUUCAAAAUACACGAGCACGUGAGAGGAAAGGACAAUUUCGUGCGCAUGCACAAGUCAUAAAUAAACGUUGUCCCUUUUGUCCAGCUUUGUUCAAAGUAAAGAGCGCUCUCGAAAGUCAUCUGAGUACAAAACACGCAGAUCAGUGCGCGAGAGGUGAAAUCAAUGUUGAUGCCCUACCAGAUGAAGAAUUAAGCACAGAAUCAACUCCCAGUUUUGGAUCCCAACAAAGUGACCGGCAGCAAAAUUUUUCCCAGGCGGGGGCUCCCAUGUUGCCCCCUAUUUUUCCACCUUUUCACUCAGACAUGGAGAAGUUUAUCAAGCAGUACAGUGAGGAGUCAAUGAAGCGCUAUGUGAGUGAAUUACAAGCGCAUGCCGCCGCCCAACAAAACGGAGGCAGUAAUAAUGAAUCGUCUGAGAGUCGACCAGAACAUGGAAAACCUGAAAUACCUUUAGAUCUCAGCAAGCCAGUCGAUCUGUCACGACCCGGAUCAGAUGCCGAUGAACGGUCUGAUACCGCUUCCGAGACCAUGGAAUUUUAUGAGGAAGACGAACCAACCUCACCAAUUGCUGGUCAGCAAUCAGUGCGGCCACCUGGCAAACGUUAUCGAACUCAAAUGUCAUCUUUACAAGUAAAAAUAAUGAAAUCUUUAUUUAGCGACUAUAAAACUCCAACAAUGGCUGAGUGUGAGGCGCUUGGGCGCGAAAUCGGUUUGCCUAAACGUGUAGUGCAAGUUUGGUUUCAAAACGCACGUGCCAAAGAAAAGAAAGCGCGCUUAGCUGCCGGCCUAGUGGAAGUGUCUGAUGCACCGCCCCCGGAGGAGUGUCGAGUGUGUGAUUUUAAGUACAGUCACAAGUACUCAGUACAAGACCACGUGUUUACGCGUAGCCAUAUCGCGGCUGUGCGUGCGCGACUGGAAACUGGCGCAAGCGCCGGUGAGGACAGUGCGCUUGCUCUCAUGCAGAUGGCAGCGCGACUUGAGGGUGGCAUCGGCGGUGACCUGCACAACGCGUUUCUGCGGCCGCAACUUGCUGGAAACGGAAGUGGUGUAAAGCGCGGGGCUCGGCUCGUGCUAUGUCGCACGGCGCUGCGCACGCGCUGCGGGUACACCCGUUACGCUUUUAUUUACGACGUGGAAAUUUUCGCUACCGUCUGUAACCACCUUGAUACGUCUAUAUGGAUCUUUCAAAUGCAAAUAGCCCAGUUCAUUUUAGAACUGAUAUUCUUUACUAUGUUGGAAUACAUACCAGUGGCAUAA